AUGUAUAGCGUGACUAAUGCGAUCACUUCUAGAGAUGUUUCCUUCAUGGCUUCUCUUGAUUCCGGGCAUCAUCGCGUACAACGUCGCAAUCAUGAACACUGCACGGGUUUCUCACUCUGGAGCGAACUUUUAGGCCCUUCAUCAUCUACAGAGACAAUAACCGAAGACAAAAGUGAAGCACGUCGUGAGAAGCGCGGUUACUUCUUUCCACAGAUUCAGUAUCACAGUAAUAGCCUCCUAAUUAGUCCUGACCCUCCGAACGAUUACCUAAAGAAAUGGAUCACUUAUGAGCACAAUCGCUAUCGGAGAAUGGUACCUGCUUCCGAUAUGAACAUGCUGUACUGGUCGGAAGAAUUGGCUGCAAGUGCCCAACGACAUGCGAACACUUGCGACUUCAGACAUUCUAAGGGAAGGGUGAACGUUGGCGAAAAUAUUUGGGCGGCUCCGUACAGCAAUUAUUCGGACGCAAUCUCGAUUUGGUUCAACGAGGUGAGUUCCCGAUCGCAAUACAAUUUGAGGCUUGCGGAGGUAUUGAAUCAAGAAUUUUUUUUCGAGAUGGUUGAAUUGUAAAA